AUGUCAUCUUGCGAGGAAGGACCUUCCAACCCCAAAGGGAAGGGAGUUGACCCAUGCAAUUGGGGAAAUGCUAACCUGGAUGAGUUGGAAGUAGACCUUGACGCCCAGAGAGAAGCCCUUGAGACCUGGGCUCAGACCCAUGAAUGGUCGAAAAAAGCCCCAGAACAGGAGAACAGGGAGGAGAUUCAGCAGCUGAAGCAGGAGCUCGAGAAAAGGAAUGGCCCACCGGUCAAGAAGGUUAAGAUUAGACCUCCCAAGAAAGAUAGAGCACCAAAAACAGGGAAGGAACCGAAAGGUUCCAACCCUGUCAAAGAGAUGCUCGAUAAAAUGGGAAGUAAGCCGUCUAAACGAGGGGAUAGAGCGACCCCACCUGCUAUGGAUGCAGUAGCCCAGAUAGUCCCCAAAAGCUAUCUGGGGCACGCUUUUAUGCAGAUCAAACCUAAGAAGAAGGGCAUUAAGAAAUGGAAGGGAUGA